ACUCGCCUCUUUAUUCAUCCUUAGCCCAUAUACUACCUUAAUAAUAGUCUCAAGGUGUAGUACAACAGUCGUCAUGGCUGCGCUGUUCUUCGCCCCCCAUCCCUCAACUCCCCAGCCUCAGCUGUUUCAUCCAUCCUCAUCUUCUCCUGGACAUCAGCCACAGUCGCCUUGGAUUACCAGAGGAAACGCCCAGUUAAGGCUCCCCACGGAUGCCUGUGUGCAUGUGGGAAAUCUCUCCAGCAGCGUCUGUCCGAAUAUCCUCCAGCACGAACUGGAGCAGCUCUUCUCCCAGUUUGGAGUGUGCUGGGCGCAGGAUAGGUCCCACGCUCAAGCAGCUAUCGGGCAGCACCAGAAUAUCUUCCUCAGAGAUCGUCCUCUGAGGGUAGAGGCUGCAAACGGCCUCAGAAACCGUGGAGAGUCGGUGGUGAACCACGAUGAAAGGGCUGGGCUAAACACCUCGCCACUAUAUAUGCCCUCCAUGGCCAUACCGCCCAGCCAGCCUGCCGCGUAUGGGCCUCCUUUAUUGUAUAGCUGGUUGCCGGCUGUACCAGUACACGGUAGUCUUCACAUACCUCCUCCUGUCUCUGGUGUUAUACCUCCCGCACCAUCGUACCCUACUCAUCACACAUUAUCAUCGCAAGCCGCCAACGCACAUACACCACAAUCACCUUCCUUCUCUUCUUCUUCGUCAAGCAACAAUCUUGACACACAGCCCACGACACCUGGCUGCGACGAAGUGGUAGAAUGCGAGGCCAAUCAAGAACGGGAAGGCAUCGAGACCAGCCGGUCCAACCUUCCCUGUGACAUGCUACUAUCCACUGGCCGCACAGUUAGGGACUACGUUAACGAAAUGAAGAGGGUACGAGGUAUCGAUCUCAAUGAAGAGGCUACCCUUGAACUCAUCCUGGAGGUGGAGGAAGAGGCACGGGAUCAAGGUCUGUUGCCUGUGUUGACGUCCAAGCCAGACUGAGCGAUAUCAGUUGGGAUGUAAACGAGAGGUUUCUUGUAAACACAAGCGCCUCUCACUUCUUUCUCCUCUUGCUUUUUUCCCCUUUCUUUAUUUCUCUCUCUCUCUCUCUCUCACACACACAUGUUCUUUUUUCUCCCCACCUUUUUCUUUCUGGAAUAUAUAGACCAUUGGCGUUUUGAAUAUACU